AUGGAUCUGCUGAGACCAUUCGAGGAGCCCGACUUGCGGAUAAUCAUUCCGAAUCCGGUGAGUUCAGAGACGGAUGAGGAGAUGAGCGCGUCGGAACGUCGACGCUACAAAGCGUACACAGUGAUGCAACGAUCCGGAUUUCAACACACAGAGUACGUGAAAAUCAUGGUGCAUUUGUGUAGAGCCGAGUUGGCGAUCUCGUUCGCGUUCCUCAUUCAUGGCCUCAGUUGUCCUGGUUAUCCUGGUGAAGCUGAGUACCAAAGCACAUGUCAUAUGAAUACCGUAGCCGCACUAGUCGGUCUUCUCACCGGAGCACUUGGACUAGGAGCAGUACAUAGAUAUCGCUGGCGCACAAUGUUGAUGAUGUGGUUGGUGUGCUGUAUCAUUUCGGCUGUCGGGAACUUGCUGGCAGUGAUCACCACCGGGAUUUGGCUUGACCAUCUCUCUAAAAUGAAGGAUCGUACCGGUCUUGUCAACGGGCUGUCUGGAUUCAUGUUACUCUCUUCUGUUGCUGUUGGUGUCUGUUUCAUUCUAACAGCAGUUAUGAUAUGUCACUACUGGAAUUCGAACUCACCGAAAUAUCAACCGGUUGGAAAAAUCGCGAAGCGCACAAGAUUACGUCGACGUCUCUCAAGGAUGAAGAGUGGUGAGAAAAAGGAAACCCGAGCCGUGAGCAAGGGUUACCAUGUGGUUUGA